AAUUACAAAACGAUAGGUUCCAACUUCACUAUCCUAAUCCCGGUGCGCAUUGCGUACAUGCACCUCCUGCGCCUGAAUCUCACAUGUCGCGACGACUCUCGUCCUAAAGUUUACGCGUGCUCUCCCUACAAAAGGUGCGCAUCCACCCCCCAGUGCCUGUCAGCUGCUCCUUCGAUUCCCUUCGGACUCCGCUUAAAAUACACACCCAACAUCCCAAAAUACUCUCUCUCUCUCUCGCGCGCGCGCGCAUUCUGUUAUGCAAAAGGAGCCUACGUUUACUCUCUCUUCCUACUUCUCAAGCUGUUAAUGCGUAUGCUACUGAUCGGCUCCUGCUUCGUUCCGAUGAUUUGAGGUGGUCGGUGUGGCUCUGAGGGAUCGCAUUUGAAGUUCGAUUCAGAAAGAGGAAAAAAAAUUGUGAGUGUUUUUGAAGGUGGAGUUAUGGUUAUUUUUCUUUUCUUUAUUUGCAGUGAAGCAAAGUUCUGCUAGAGGUUUGGAUUUAGAAGGUGAAGCUAGUGAAUGCGUACGUGCUCGCUUCUGUGUAUAUCCGUGAUCCAAACUCGAUCACUGCGAAAGAGAUUCCCAGGAUCGAACGGAGACCGGUCAGUCGGAUUUUUCACGUCCAUUCUCUUUUGAUACGCGAGAGAGAGAGAGAGAGAGAGAGAGAGAGAGAGAGAGAGAGAGAGAGAGAGAGAGAGAGAGAGAGAGAGAGAGAGAGAGAGAGAGAGAGAGAGAGAGAGAGAGAGAGCGCGCGUGUCCGUUAGUGGCUGUGAGCCUGUGAGACCCGUGAGAAAAUGCCUCACAAAACGACUUACUUCUUCCCCAGGCAAUUCCCGGACCGGGGAUUCGACUCUUGUUCAUCCAAGCAACUAUUUAAUCACGAGCAGAAGCAGACAAUCACCAGCUCCGCAUGCACAGGCAAAGAAUCCUUUAACAUCGAAAGCGACCGAAAGUCGUCAAAGGAUGCGUCCUUCACGGUCGAUAAGAAGGACAUAUCAUCUGUAUCCGAUCUUUUCAAGUGCAACGACAGGUUCCACCCAAAGAAACAGCAAUUUGCUGCCUUCUGUGACUGGUUAGUUGAGAGAAAGGGUGAUCGAUCUAGUCACGUGAAAUCCUCGUCCAGGACCUCGAAGAAGCAGUUAUUUGACGAGGAGGACCGCGAGCUUUUGCUCCCCCAAGAAGCGGAGCUCGUGAAGGACCGGGCAAUUGAUAGGAACUUCGAUCGCCAGGUCUCGCUUCCGAGGCUCUCCAGCGUGGGUAGCAGCUAUGCAGGGAGCUUGUUUUCCGGAACGACGACGUUGGAUGGCAAUUUCUCCAGCGAUAUCGUUAAGGAUUCAACCACGACGUCUACGAAGCAAGAGGAGGAGGAGGAGGAAGAGGUGGAAACGCGUAGGGAUAACUUGGCGCAGAAGGUAAGGGAGAGUCACUAUCUGAAGCUUGCGUUGGCUAGGAGGCUUACUUCUCAAGCCAGUCUUCUUUGCGAGCCUGUGCUCAUGGUUGAGAGUGGAGCGUUGCUGGCUUCGGAAGCGGAAACUGUUUCAUAUCGUCUCUGGGUUAGUGGUUGCUUGUCUUACACUGACAAAAUAUCGGACGGUUUCUACAACAUACUGGGAAUGAAUCCGUAUCUGUGGCUGAUGUGCAACGAUGUGGAGGAAGGUAGGCGACUGCCGCCAUUGAUAUCGCUUAAAGCAGUUGACCCCAGUGAGACAUCUAUGGAGGUGGUGCUUGUUGAUAGACGAGGGGACUCUCGCCUUAAAGAACUUGAAGAUAAAGCACAAGAACUGUAUAGUGCUUCAGAGGAUACCUUAAUGUUGGUGGAGAAACUAGGCAAACUUGUUGCUAUCUACAUGGGGGGUGGUUUUCCAGCGGAGCAAGGAGAUCUCCACGUGCGCUGGAAAUUAGUUAGUGAGAGAUUGAGGGAAUUUCAGAAGUGCAUCGUGCUCCCUAUUGGCAGUCUAUCUAUGGGACUUUGCAGGCAUCGUGCCAUUCUUUUCAAGAAAUUGGCAGACUACAUUGGUUUGCCGUGUCGAAUAGCUCGAGGUUGCAAGUACUGUGUGGCUGAUCAUCGCUCUUCUUGCCUUGUCAAGGUAGAGGAUAGCAAGAAGUCCUCAAGGGAAUAUGUAGUUGAUCUAGUUGGCCAACCAGGAAAUGUUCAUGGCCCAGAUUCCUCUAUCAAUGGAGGAUUGCUUUCUUCAAUGCCUUCGCCAUUUCAAGUUUCUCAUCUGAAAGAAUUUCAACAACCUUAUGUGGAUGCUUCAUCAUCCUGUCAAAUUCUAAACUCACAGCACAAACGUGCUUCUUCCAUAAAUCCUCUGUAUUCGGGUUUUGGGGAAGAAGGUCCACAAGUGAUGGAAUCAUCUCUGACACCUCUUGAGUUGGAAGGAAAUGCUGAACAUUGCAUAAUUCAGAGUCCCAUUUUGUCAUUUUCCCAGGGAAACGUUUCAGAACCACUGGAUUCUGCUCCGAAGGAAUUUUUACAUGAGUAUUCUAGGCUUUGCGAAGACAAAGUUGUUAUACAACAAACAUACAAAGAAAAUAUUUUUGCAUCUGGAAGUGCAGUUAUAGAAAACAGCAUCAAGCAACCUAAGCUCAGCUUAUCAAGUCAGUCAGAUCUGAAGGAGGUCGAUAUAAUGCUUGAGAAUCAAGGGAGAUUCCCUGCUGUAACCAUCCCAAAAUACUUGAAUCUUGAACCAUCCCUUGCAAUAGACUGGCUGGAGAUAUCAUGGGAUGAAUUACAUAUUAAGGAGCGUGUUGGUGCCGGGUCAUUUGGGACUGUGCAUCAUGCUGAAUGGCAUGGAUCGGAUGUAGCAGUCAAGGUUCUUACCAUGCAGGAUUUCCAUGAUGAUCAAUUGAAGGAUUUUCUAAGAGAGGUAGCAAUAAUGAAACGUGUACGGCAUCCGAAUGUGGUUCUCUUCAUGGGUGCAGUGACAAAGCGUCCACAUCUGUCAAUAGUGACAGAAUAUCUGCCUAGGGGUAGUCUAUACCGCCUCAUACACAGGCCAGCUUCUGGUGAACUAUUAGAUAAAAGGAGGCGGAUACGCAUGGCAUUGGAUGUGGCCAAGGGGAUCAAUUAUCUCCAUUGUCUUAACCCUCCUAUUGUGCACUGGGAUCUUAAAUCUCCAAAUUUAUUGGUGGAUAAAAAUUGGACAGUAAAGGUGUGUGAUUUUGGUUUGUCCAGAUUCAAAGCAAACACUUUCAUUUCAUCGAAGUCUGUUGCUGGAACUCCUGAGUGGAUGGCUCCAGAGUUCCUUCGAGGAGAGCCCUCAAAUGAGAAGUCUGAUGUUUACAGUUUUGGAGUAAUCCUGUGGGAGCUUGUAACCAUGCAACAGCCUUGGAGUGGACUUAGCCCUGCACAGGUUGUUGGAGCUGUUGCUUUCCAAAACAGAAAGCUUGUUAUCCCGCAGAAUGUCUCCCCAGUCUUGGCUUCCCUUAUGGAAUCUUGCUGGGCCGAUGAUCCUGUUCAGCGCCCAUCUUUUACAAGCAUAGUUGAAUCUCUAAAGAAGUUGCUGAAGUCCCCAGUGCAGUUAAUACAGAUGGGCGAGAACGCAACUUAAGGUGAACUCCACCCAAUGCCACUCUAUAUAAUUCAUAAAUAUGAACCAAUAUCCUAAACUAAUUGGGAGUUGACUAACCAAAUAAGGGUGACUGACUGGCCGCCUUUUUGGUUGUUGGCAACUAUAGAUGCUGCCUUUUUCGCUCUAAGGCAACUAUAUCCAUCAAGCUCAAGCCUGUACAUAAGAUUGCACAGAAGUGCCUUCUGCGUGUUCAUGUGUUCUUGAGUGGAGACUGCAUCUUAUCUUUAUAUUUAUAAGCUAUUUCUUAUUCCAACUUUGUUAUGUUUUAAUUCAGGAAUAUGCUACUGCAAAUCUUUUGUCGUGAUAAUAAUAAUAAUAAAUGGAGACGAUGGGAUUUGCCAAA